AUGAAUUAUAUUCAAGUAUCUGUGAUCUCUUUAUUAUGUUUUACCGUCAAUUGUUUCAAUCCUGAUGAUUAUCGAAAAUACAUUGAUUUUGAAUCUGAUUUUCAAAUAUCAGAUACAGCAAUAUCUUAUUAUCGAACAUUUCCAGGUUUGCUUUUGAAAAAAAAUCAAAAUAAACUACAAAUUGUGAAUUUCAGCGUAUUGUGGAAAAAUGAUAGCAUUUAAUAGUGUUAACAAUCACACUCCUGGUACAUUAAUGAUGAAUAUUGGAAGGAAAUGGACAUUUAAUGCAGAUGAAAUGUAUUGUUCUGAAAGUACUGUGUCGAAAAACUAUAAUGAUGAUAUAGUUGAAGCGUUUGAUCGAACUGAUCCAAGAGUUAUACAACCAACAGAUUUUGAUGAAUUCAAAAAACUUGGAACUUAUGGAGAUUAUAUUAGAAAAGAGUGGAGAGAAGAGGAAUUUAUUAAGAAAAUCGAGGAAACUAAAGCGAAAAUUGAUAGAACUUCGAAUUAUUAA